GUUCGUUUGCGACAUGAGGAUCCAUCAGCUUUUGAGGUUGACGAACCGACACCUGGCAGUCCACAGUACUCACUGGGAUUUCGUAAAUGCUGCGCGCGACUACACGAUGACCUCUUUCUUUAUUAUGAUAUGACAGAGUCAGAUGACCUAGACAAAUUAUCCGGAGAAACAGAAAGUAACUGUAAAUUCUUCACUUACGAAAAAGAGAGAGCAGAACAUUUGAAAUUAAGGAUUGACAAUUUGUUGCAGUUUUGCGAAGACACAGAAAUGUCAGAGCACAAUAGGGCUCUGUUUGCUAGUCAGAUAAUACCAGUCACGAAACGCAUUUUAGAUGCCAUUGAUGAUCUGUUUAAAGAGGAAGUCGAUUCCAUGGAAAAAGAUGCGAGAAAGGACAGGAUUUUAAGGGUAACCAGUUCAUGUAAACAUGGUCUUGAAGUUCUCGGAGAUCUCUGCCUUCCACCUGUAAAGCCACGAUGGGCUGACCUUACAGAUGCUGGUCCGGGCGUGGGAGUUUCCAACUACGAAGUUAGAUUUCGAGACGCCGAGUUAGCAAGGGUUCACAAUUCCGAUUAUAGAGUGCGAUGUCAUCGUUCGAGGGGCGACAGCGGGCAAGGUGAAGCCGAAAGAACAAACUCGGCAAUUUCUGAUGCUCUUGUGGAUGGCGCAACUCUAGAGUGGGAAAAAUAUAGGAGAUUUGAGGAUCUUUCAGAAGAGGAAAUCAAACAACUGUCUCUCCAGUCAUACGAAGAGUACGAAAAGAAACGGAUGGAGAAAAAUGCCUGGUAUGUCUGUAGUCAGGUAGCCGAGAGAAUUGAUGAUGCCCCUGUCCUUAAAGAUUACAUCAAGAGCAAAGUAAGCGAGUCCCCUGAUGAAUUAUUCUUUUUCAAUUCUGUUUACCUCGACAACUAUCGGGGUGCAUCAGAACGAAACAAAGAGCAAGCGCCCGGUGCAGCAUACUUCCGAAAGAUCGAAUCGUUUAUGGAAGACCACUAUAUUCGUGGAGAACUUUUUAUGGAAUUCUGUCGUGAUGCCUGUAAAGAGUCAAGAGAAGAAAGUUCCAAUCUCUGUUCCUGGUGUUCUAACAAUAGAUGGGUCGGUCCAGAAACGGAAAGAAUUCCGCAACCUGUACCAGAUUCAAACAAUCCUGGACAUUUCAUGGAUAUCUAUCAGACGGAAUCGACGGGCAGGACACCAGAUGAUUACCUUCCAAGAAAAUGUAUUAAAGAUCUGUACGAGGAACAUUCUGACAGUAUCAGAAACGAUCAGGAUACCAUGAAGAGCUUCUGCUCAAAAUAUAAUGUGGAAGAGAAGCACGUCAUUGCAUAUGUUAAUCAUUUGAAGGAUAUUGAGAUCCGAAAGGACAUCAGAACAAGAGCAGCUCAGGAGCGAAGAAGGCAAGAGGCCGAACGAACGUACAAGGACUUUCAAUGGGAUAACCUCAUCGAGGGUGGCAAAGUUCAAAAGUUGCGGGUAAGAGAACUAGACCUGUAUCUCAACAAGCAUGGUUUGACGACUGUGGGUCGGAAACUUGACAAAGUGAAGGCCAUUCGAUGUCACUAUUACCGACAGAAUAAAGAGACUGUGAUAACAGAAGAACUGUCGAGUGAUGAAGAUGACGUGGAAUUCGAGGAUGAAGAAUCCGAAAGUGGAGAGGCAGAGAGCGACGAUGACUAUGUUUUCGUGGAUUUGGAUGAACAGCCUGAGAUUGGCACUUCCUCGACAAUUCAGUUCGUAUCUGACGAGCAAAUAUUUACCGUUGUGGUUCAAGGUCCAUGAGACGUAAGUACCACUAUUAAAAUAUCACUUGCAUAUUCAAAAAGUUAUUUGGCGGUGGCUGGGAGAAAAGGGGGGGGGGAUCAUGAAACUUUCCACUACCGAUAAGGGGGGAUCUCUAAAAAACCAGAUACUCUACGGGGGGAUCAGGUAAAUGCUUCGAUGUGACAACAAAAAUACUCCGACCCCCCCCAGGC